AUGAGUUCAUUUUUCAACUGGUGGAGUGCACGCUAUACCACGGAAGUACGAUAUCCAAAAGAAUCCACUCUGAUAGUCACAAAAGAACAACAUUCGAACACAACCAGCGUUUUUCUACGCGAUUUUGUGGAGCGACGAUGCCCAUCACUCUAUUCGGAGUUCCGUCCCGUAUGGUGGUUGCCCAACGGCCAUAUGCAAACUCUCUAUUGCGUCCUCGGAGAUUUUUCAGCCAGAGAUAAGGUGGUGUAUAAACGGACCCUGCUCCGCCUGCUCGACGGCGGAACCCUGGGUUUGGACUUCACACCGGCGGAUGACAGCCAUUUGCCACCUGACACUCCAAUCAUCGUCGUCCUGCAUGGGCUCACAGGAGGUUCAUACGAAUCGUACGUGAGAGCUAUUCUCUCUCCCGGGUGCGUGCCGGUCCACCAGGGCGGACUCGGAUAUCGUGCAGUCGUGGUUAAUUUCCGCGGAUGCGCAGGCGUCCCGGUCACGAGCCCACAACUCUACUCCGCCGGCCAUACAGAUGAUCUUCGUCAAGCUUUAUUCUACAUAUCUCAUCGAUACCCAGAAGCACCUUUAUUGGGACUAUCUUUCUCUCUUGGAGCGAACGUUAUGACACGGUAUGUCGCAGAGGAAGGUGAACGUAGCCGUUUGAAAUCAGCAUGUGUUCUCGGAUGUCCCUGGAAUUUAGCGGCGAAUUCCUCCAAGCUCUUGACGACGUAUAUUGGACGUCAUGUUUACUCGAAAGGCAUGGGCCGGAAUUUGGUUAAUCUUCUGAAGCGGCAUGUUAGCACGUUUACAUCCGAUCAUGAGGUCGCUAAAGCUGCCGCUGUGACUAUGGCCCUCACUAAACCCACGAUCGAUAUGUUUGACGAACACUUCACGAGAAUUGGUGGUGGUUCCUCGCCUCCUUGGCCCUUCGCAUCAGCAAAUGAUUAUUAUGAAUAUUCAUCAAGCCACAAUGUGCUUAACAAGAUAAAAAUCCCACUUCUAGCCAUCAACGCUGCAGAUGACCCUGUGGUUCAGGAUGUGCCAAUGGAUGUGGAAGGUAAUGGGUGGGCAAUCAUGGCCCUGACACCCUGCGGCGGGCAUCUUGGAUGGUUUGAAUCAGACGAGGUAUGGGGAGAGAUCAGGCGAUGGAUCAAGCGCCCGGUGUUUGAAUGGCUGCGUGCAACAGGAGAAGACUUUGUUCGUUCGCCUCCACGUUGGCGACCAUUGCAUGAAGAGGGCGGCUUUAUCAAAGAGGUUGGCGUCGAUAGGCUGGGGUGCAAAGAACUAGAAGGAAGCGAUAUCAUUAUGGGUACAGAGGGAGAGGCCGGGUUGCUGGCUGGGUUGUAA